ACCUGAAAUACACACUUGCGACAGAUGAUAAUGUUCCAGUAUUUCGUCUGAUAGAAGACAACACCUCGACCUAUACUUUCUGACAGCAGCUGUAGGAGUAUCGCCUGGAUGUUUGCGGCAUGGCUGUGUUCGAGGACUGCACUGUACUUUUGGAGCUGAAAUCUUUGCCUUUCAAGGAGAAGAAGAAGCUAAAGUCAGCAAUAACAGAGAAUGGAGGCAGCAUUUCCUUUGUGGUCAAUAAACAGUGCUCUCUGAUAGUGACCAGCGAUGUGUCCAACCUGAGCUCCAACAGGCUACGUAGCAUCCAAAAGCACCAAACUCCUGUGGUCGGGGUGGAGUAUGUGUACAGCUGUGUGGACAGAGGAGUUCUUCUGCCUGUGGAUGGAUACAAGCUGGACACUUCCUCUGUCUCUGCUUUUUCACCUCUGCUUCCUCUCUCCUCACCGAGACCAGAUCCACUCUCACAUCAAGUUUCCAAAGUACCAAAGAGCACAGCAGCUGAGCCUCCCAAAGGUCAGGCCAAGCCUGUGAAUUCCGUCAGCCUGACUCAGAGGGCAGAAACUCCGAAGAGGAGUGGAAAUGUUCUGGAAAAGUUCAGAAUUUUUGCUGAAACUGAUGCUGAUCUUCCAUCAUAUCCACAUAAUUUUCAAGUGGCCAAGUAUUCAAUCUUUGAGAAGAUAAACAGCAACACUUGGUGUGUGCUGGAGCUGCAGAGUGCCAAAGCAGAGAAAGGACAGCAGUACCGUGUGGUCAAGUACUGGAAGAAUGAUAUAUUAGCCAAGAAGGAUGCAGUGAAGGACAUGCUGGUGUUUCUGUCCACAUCAGAGGAAGCUCUAGAGGUGUACCAAGCACUGAGAAAGACUCUGUUGGCUACUGGUUUGCAGCUGAGGAGCAGCAUCCCCCCACAGGCCCCGACCCUGGGCUCCACCCCCCUGCAGCAGCUGCUGCUGGAGGAGAAAUUGAACACAGGAAGCUUAUCACAGGAAGUGGGCGUCUUUGUGGAGCUGCUGUGGACUGAAUCCCUGGGUUACCUUGGCAACAUCCUCAAAGUUUCAAUCGACAAGCUCAGCCUCAAUGAUGUGAGCAGGGCAGAGGGCUUGUUGCUUCAGGCUCAGAGGAAGCUACGAGAGGCAAAGCAUGCUGAGGUGGCAUCUCUCCUGGAGGAGGUUUACACCCUGCUGCCACACUGCGCGGCGCCCUUACCUCCCAAUGCCAAGUUCAUCUCUCAGAAACUGGACCUCUGCCAGUUAAUCAGAGAUGUUUUGAACACGAGUGAGAUGACUCUGAGAAGUCCCGCUCCUUCCUGUCUGGGGAAGUACCGUGCUCUGAGGUGCAGCAUUGAGACCGUUCCCCCCAGCUGCUCCGAGUUUCAGGCUGUGGCUGCUCUGGUGCAGAAAAGCGAGGUGCAGAUUCAACAGGUUCUGCGUGUCAGCAGAGGGGUGGAGCUUCAGACAUUUAAGAGUGAGCUUGGGAACGUUAAGCCACUGCUCCAUUCCUCCAACCCCAGCAACUUUGUAGGAAUCCUGUCUCGUGGUCUACUGUUGCCCCGUGUCGGAGUGGAGCAUCAUGGGAUAGAGAGAACAGACAUUGGUAAUCUGGGCAGUGGAAUCUACUUCAGUGAUGCUGUUAGCACCAGUUUGAAGUACUCCAUGCCCAGUGUGACAGACGGCUCUCGGCUGCUGUUGGUGUGUGAUGUGGCUUUGGGAAGUUGUAAGGACAUCCACAAGAAAGACUACACAUUGACUGAAGCCCCUGAAGGACACCACAGCGUGCACGGAGUCCGCCAUACCCCCAACACUCACUCUGAGUUUGAGGAUGAUGAGUAUGUGGUGUACAGUCCUGAUCAAGUGAAACUGAAGUACAUAGUUCAGUUCAGCAUCAAAGGGGACCAACUGAAGGAGUUCAGUCCUGAAAUCAACAUCUCUGCUAAGCCAUGUCUGCCUCCUCCUGAUCAAGAGCUCAGUUUGGAGGAUGACGGGGUUGAAAGCAUUAAAAACCCACUGGAGGAUGUGACGGCUGGACUGUUAGACAGCUCUGGUCAGCAGCUCCCUCUGCAGGCUGUCCAUGUGAAGUGUAAACUGAUGGAUCUGCUCUCUCAGGUCAUCAUUUUCCAAAAAUAUACCAACAUGAGCUCUGUGCCCAUUGAGGCAAAGUAUGUCUUCCCAUUGGAUGACACUGCAGCAGUCUGUGGAUUUGAAGCUUUUAUAAAUGGGAAACAUGUGGUGGGAAAGGUGAAGGAGAAAGAGAAGGCUCGCAAAGAAUACAAGCAGGCUAUUGAAAAAGGACAUGGAGCAUAUCUGAUGGACCAAGAUGCUCCUGACGUCUUUACCAUCAGUGUGGGCAAUCUGCCGCCCGGGGCGACUGUCCUCAUUAAAGUUACCUUUGUGUCUGAGUUGAUCGUCAGGGAUGGGAGUAUUCUCUUCUCCCUGCCUGGGAGUGUGGCUCCAUGGCAGGAGAGUGCAGCACUCAACCAAACCACACAAGUCACUCUAACAAAGGUGUGUGUGACUGAUAAGGCAGCAAGUACAAGAGAGUUCACUCUGGACAUGUCAAUUGAGAUGCCAUAUGAAAUCACCAGCCUGCAGUGCAUCACUCACAAAGUCAAGAUUAAGAGAACAGACUGUAAGGCAGUAGUGAGUGUGCUGCCCGGAGAAGUCAUGGGUGCAGAAGGUUUCCAGCUAUCAGUCACUCUGUCUGAGGUCCACCUGCCUAGGAUGUGGGUGGAGAAACACCCUGACAAGGACAGCCAGGCCUGCAUGUUGGUUUUCUAUCCAGACUUUGACACCAACUCCAGCUCAGCAUCCGAUGAAGUUGUCCUGUUGCUGGACACAUCUGAGUCCAUGAAGGGAGAGUCUCUCUGCAUGGCCCAGAAAAUUGCCCUUCAGGUCCUCAAAACGCUUGGCCACAACCUCAGAAUCAAUGUCAUUUUAUUUGGCACAGAUCACACAGAUGCGUUCCUGACAGCACAGCCACUUGCUGAAGCUCGACAUGCAGCAGAGAACCUCAUCAGGCGCUUACCUCCAGUAGGUGGCAGCACUGAGCUGUGGCGGCCCCUGCGUGCUCUCAAUCUGCUGCCCCCAUCCCAUGGCACCAGGAACCUGCUGCUGCUGUCGGACGGCCACAUCCAGAAUGCAGAGCUCACCUUGCAGCUGCUCAGAGAAAAUGCUCAGCACAGCCGUCUCUUCACCUGUGGCCUCAGCCCAACAGCCAAUCGGCACAUGCUGAGAGCUCUGGCCCAAGCAGGGGGUGGGGCCUAUGAAUUCUUUGACACUAAAACCAAACACAACUGGACAGAGAAGGUAGCAUGUCAGGUGAAGCGUAUUGCAUCUCCUGGCUGCAGCUCAGUGUCAGUGAAGUGGCAGCAGUUCAACCCAACAGCACCCACUCCUGUGCAAGCCCCCAGACAGCUCCACGCUUUGUUCAAUGACUGUCACACCCUGGUCUAUGGCUUUGUGCCACACUGCACUCAGGCCACCCUCCUUGGAAACCUGAGUGGCCAGGAGCUCAAAACCAUGGUGUCGACCAGUGAGUUGCAGAAGACUAGGGGCACAUUUCUUCACAAGCUCACAGCACGAGCCCUGAUCAGGGAUUAUGAAGACGGAAGCCUGGAUGCCAAUGAGGCUGAACAUGAGGGGAAGAAAGCAGAGUUGAAGUCCUUCAUCAUCGAGUUAAGCAAAGAGUUCUCCAUUCUGUCUCAGUUCACCAGUUUUGUGGCCAUUGAGGAAAGGGACUCAGAGCAACCAGACGAGGGUUUCACAGACAUCCCCAAGUUAAUCGCAGAGGAAGAUGUGGACUUCCUCCCUUACAUCAGCUGGAAUCUCCCACAGGAUAGUGAAGAAGAGGAGGAAGACAUGGACAUGGGUUUUUACUUAGCUGAUAUUGAAACUAAUGCCAUGCAGGAUUACACCUUUUGUGUAGGUAGUUCACUUGAUAUGGCAAUGGACUUGUCUGUGAACUCAGCAUCAAUGGACCCAGACUCUCCACAAUAUUCACCAACGAGUCCCUCUUACUCAUCUGAUGCAUCACCUGUGCCAUAUGCUGCAGCAGCUCUACCAGAUUUUGGUCACAGUCAUGCUGAAUUGAAGGCAUUUUCCAGGAUGUCCAGAGUAAAGAGGAAUGAGUUUGAGAGAGAGGCUGAAUAUCCUGAUGCAAACAGGGGAUAUAGCCAGACUCCCCCCUCCUCCCCCUGCUCUUUGUCGUCCUCCUAUUCUUAACUGUUCUU